AUGGACAGAGCAGGCGCUCUGGGGCGCAUUUUCGAGUGGUACACUCCGUGCGACAAGGCUUUGUUAUUGUUUGGUACAGGCGGCGUAAAGGCGCUUAUCGUUGGCCCAUACUCUGCGGGCUAUUUAAGAGAGGAUGAUAAAAACAUCUUCUCUAAGAGCAGCUUCAUGCAAGCUUCUUCUGGUUUUGAUGAUAAUGACAUAAUUAAACAAGAAAAUUUAGAAAUAUUGCGAUAUGACGUGGAUAGUGUCGGAGUUAAUGUGGAAAAUUUAAUAGUGGACGUUUUAAAACAAUUCUUAUAUGACAAAAAUAAAAAUCAAGAACCAGUGAGUGAAAUUACAACACAAAAUUAUGAAACCACAACACAAAUAGGAUUUACCGAAACACAAAUCACGAGCGAAAACGAUGUUCUAUCUACGACAACUGAAGAAUCCUUACCAUCUGCGACUAAAAUUACUAAACCGCAAUCGAACACAACUGAAGAAUCCUUACCAUCGACAACUGAAAUUACUAAACCGUUCCCGAAGAAGAGGACGCACAGAAUACCAAGGCAAGUCUCUCAAAAUUACAUUCCUCCACCCAACAAUCAAAAUUAUUACGCCACUCAAAAUUGCUCGCCGAAAACCAUCAGCGAUCAACAAUUAGAACAUCAACAUAUAGAAGAACUGAGAGGUGAGGUGAAGAAACUUACAGAUCUGGUUACUUUGCUCAGAGAUCAACGCGAUAUUUUGCAUAUCUUAAACGAAAAUAGUAAAUCCAACAAACCAUUAUUAAAAGAUGAAACUAGAGACACGUUAAUUAAAGGUUUAGCAAAAUUGAACGAAAAAGAAAAAGCCACCGCUCAACAUCUACAAAAUAGAGAAAUUGAAACCAACGAUGUGCUACCAGAAGUUAAGCCACAGCAUAAGGAACUGGAACACAUUAAGCUGCAGUUGUCUGAUGCCGUCAGAGCAUUAAAUGAAACUAGAAUAAUUAUGACAUUGGAGCGAAUAAAGGAAGAAACGCUAGAGACUGAAUUGAGGAAGCAAAGACAUGAAAUUGACAACUUAAAAUCCAUUGUCGAAAAUGUUUUAAAGCAUCAAGGUAAUUCAUCUCUAGAAACCGAAGUAAAGAAGGAUACAAUCGUUGGCAGUGGGUUUACGUUUUUCCCAACACCAACAACUAUAAAACCCAUAGUUCACGAAAAGCAUACAACAACUACGGAGCGACCUUUGCAUGUCACCAAACCCGCAGUUAAAAAUCGUGCAAGUCAAGAUUCAGGUAAUAAAGCCAGAGCGAGUGAUGCGGAUAUAACAAGAAUAUUAGAUGCACUGGGUAAAUCCGAUCAAAAGUCGCCGAGUGAUGAGGAAAUCUCCAAACUGUUGGACGCUUUGGUUCCCGAAAAGAAAACUACAAACCCCGACCUGGACCAAAUUCGAGAAAUAAUUGACAAAAGAAGGAAACAGGAAGAUAGAAUUCGGCAAAUUAAGGCUUUAAGAAAGCUGAUAAACUCAAGUGGCAGCGCCCAAAGUAAAAGCUUAGAUAAUGAUAAUGUCGAAGAAGAGUUGAAAGACCUUCAGAAUGCUAUAAAUCGAUUACGUCCUAAAGAAGAUGGCUUGGAUGGCUUUGGAAGAGACGAUGAUGAAGCUAGAUUCCAGGCAAUGCUAACCAAACUAAUAGGUAAUCAGGGACAGUCUAGCAGGCCAGCGAUAUCAGGGCAAAGUAGUUUUGGUGGCGGAAGUAGUUCGGUAAAUAGUUUCCUUGGACCGAAUGGAAUAACUGGAAAUAAAGAUUCUUUCGGAGUACCAUUUUCUUCUGGUGGAUAUUCUGGUAAUGGUGGAGGAAAAGGACUGUAUAACAAUGGAGGAUACAGUGGAAACUUCCCCGGUGGUUAUGGAGGAUAUAAUGGCGGAGACAGUUAUCCUAAUACAGGCGGAGCUGGGUAUGGAAAUGUAAAUAAUUAUGGAGGAGGACUUGGAUCUAACGGUUAUGCUGGAUCUAAUGGAUAUAACGGACCAAAUGGAUACAAUGGUGGAAAUGGAUACAAUGGGGGAAACGGAUAUAGCGCUACAAACGGAUAUGGUGCACCAAACGGAUAUGGUAGCCCAAGUGGAGGAAACGGAUAUAGUGCAUCAAAUGGAGGAAACGGAUACGGGGCUUCGAAUGGUUAUGGUGGAGCAAAUGGAUACGGAGGAUCGAAUGGAUACAAUGGGAAUAACGGAUACGCCACUACAAAUGGAUACAGUGGCUCAAAUGGCGCAUAUGGCGCAACACCAACAUUAUAUACAAGUAAACCAUAUAAUGGAGGAAGUAAUGCCAAUAGCGGGACACCUUCAAAUUAUGGCGCAGCUGCUGGAAAUGGUUACGGAGGCGGUUAUGGUUAUCAAGCUGGUACUGAUAGUGGUUAUACUAAUGGUGCAGCUUAUCAGAAACCAGGAGCUGCUUAUGGGAAUAAAGGAUCAGCAUAUCAGUAUGGCACGAAGGGGAAUAACGGAUACGGACAAUCGACAGAUGGAGGGUAUUCUCCAAGUAAUUACGAUCAAUUUUUUCUGUCCCCCCAGCAAAAUCAAUAUGACAAGUCUCCUGCAGCGCCUGGCUAUGGUGGAGAUACCUCUAUCGCUGCAAAUUCGAACCAAUACGCUUCGUAUCCACAACAAGCUUCGGCAGUUGACCCAUACAAGAACGCAAACGUAGAAGAUCUAAAGACACAAAUCUACAACUUACAGAGCGUCAUCAAUGACUUAAACAGGCCUGAAUAUACUCAGAAACCAGAGGAUAAACAAACUGUUUAUAAUUUAGAGAAACAGAUUUCGGAAUUGGGAAAUGCUGUGAAUGUUAUGAGUUCGGAUAAAAGUUACAGCCCAGGACCUUACUAUCCAAGUAAUGACGCAGCAGGUGUUUCUCCAUCAAAUUAUGGGGUACCAAGUCCCCCUAAGAAUUAUGGCGACAAACCUAUGAAUGCAGCACCAAAAUAUAGACGAAAAAGAUCUGUAGAAAACAAUGAAAUUGAUGAAGAAAAGUUUAUCAAUAACGCUGCAAUGUUCUUAGAUAAAAUUAUACACAGUGAUGACAAGAAUUCUCAGAUACAUCAAAUAAUACCAGAUCCACCACAAGUCAACGGUUCUCAACAGUUUGAUGGAAGAAAGGUAGAAGACAUUCAAACUAAGCUGGAUCAACUAAAAAAACAGUUAGAAACCAGCGUCCCAAAUACAAAUGGAUUGCAAGAAAGGCAAUCAAAUACUUAUUCUCUGCCUUACCUAAACAACUAUCCGACUAAAUUACCAGCAUACUCCAGUUAUAAUUAUAAUAAUUAUGACUACAGCAAUAAGAAAACCGAUUUGGAUGAAAAGAAGAACGAUAUUUUUACGAAGAUAUUACUUAGCAUAACGGAUAAAUUAAUCUACGCGUUUCCUCAAAUUUUGCAAAAAUAUCUUGGAUUCUCUAUUAAUGAAUUAACUUAUGAUUAUGGUGGCGGUUAUGGGACAAAUUAUGCUGUUUUUAAAAAUUUGGGAAUAUUUGGGUACUUUCCAAUAAUAUUGUUAAAAUUAGUCGAUGCUUUCACCUACUUCAUGAAUACUUUAAAAAAGAAUAAGUUUUUAAGGUCAUUUUUGGUACCUAUUUUGGUACUAGGAUUGACAGCAGGUUCUAUUUUAUUUUUAAUUUGGUUUUUACAAUCAGACGGCUACGAUUCUAAUGAUAAUAACAAUUAUAUUAAUUAUGAAUCAAAUGGUAAAAAUUAUCAAACUAACAAUUAUAAUAAAUAUCAACCGGGCACUUCUUUCAACAAUCAGUAUGGCGAAAAUCAAUCCCCUAUGUAUUAUACUAAUACAAAUAAUAUGUAUGAUUAUCAAAAAUCUUACAAUGUUCCUGUCUACAGUAGGAGUUAUUAUGAAAAUAUACGUUAAAAAUUA